GUGAGGGAGUGAGAGGAGAGAGGAAGAGAGGGAUCGGUAGUGUGUGUGUGUGUGUUAGUCAGCACCAUGGCUUCUGACCAUUGGCUUGCAGCUCUACUGCUUCUAUGGACUACAUCACUACAAGCACUGGCCACCGCGGGAACUAACAACAACAACAACAAUGAAGUGAACCUUCUGGACACAUCUUCCAUAUCAGGAGACUGGGGCUGGCUAUCAUAUCCUUUGCAUGGGUGGGACGCCAUAAACGAGAUGGACGAGUACUUCACCCCCAUCCACACUUACCAGGUGUGUAAUGUCAUGAGUCCCAGUCAGAACAACUGGCUGAGGUCAGGCUGGAUCCCCAGGGAUGGUGCCAGAAGGAUCUACAUCGAGGUCAAGUUUACCCUCCGAGACUGUAACAGCAUGCCUGGAGUACUGGGCACAUGCAAGGAAACGUUCAACCUGUAUUACUAUGAGUCCGACAGAGCGGGGGGCUCUUCCAUCAGAGAGACCCAGUUCAAUAAGAUCGACACCAUCGCUGCCGAUGAGAGCUUCACUGGCGUGGAUCUGGGAGUCCGCAGGCUCAAGCUCAACACAGAGGUGCGCGGGGUGGGACCUCUGUCGCGCCGAGGGUUCUACCUGGCCUUCCAGGACAUCGGAGCGUGCAUCGCCCUCACCUCCGUCCGGGUCUACUACAAACACUGCACGGGCGUGGGGCGCAACCUGGCGCUCUUCACGGACGUGGUGACGGGCGCCGACUCCUCCUCCCUGGUGGAGGUCAGGGGUCAGUGUGUGGACCACGCCGAGGAGAGAGACACGCCCAAGAUGUACUGCAGUGCUGAGGGGGAGUGGCUGGUGCCCAUCGGGAAGUGCGUCUGCUCUGCGGGCUUCGAGGAACACAGGGAGUCGUGUGUGGCUUGUGAGGUGGGCUUCUAUAAGCCAGCAGCAGGGGAUGGCCUGUGUGGUAAAUGUCCCCUCCACAGCCACUCAGAGACCAGAGCUGCCCUGACCUGCCCCUGUGACUCCAGUUACUACAGGGCCCCCUCAGACCCCCCUGCUGCCGCCUGCACACGCCCCCCGUCUGCCCCCGUGAACAUCAUCUCCUCUGUCAACGGGACCUCUGUCAGUCUGGAGUGGGGACGCCCGCUGGACACCGGGGGCCGCGGCGACCUGCUGUACGGCGUGCUGUGUCAGAAGUGUUCCGGGGAGGCGGGGCCAUGUGAGGACUGCACCUCGGCAGCAGGGGGCAGCGGCGUCGGGGGGAAGGGGGCCGGGGGGAAGGGGGCUGGGGGGGCCACCGGGGGAGGGGGGACGGUGGAACGCUUCAGCGUGCUCCCGGUCCGCUUCGUUCCCCAGCAGAACCUCCUCACAGAGCCCUGGGUGACGGUUUUGAAUCUCGUCGCCCACGCCAACUACACCUUCCGUAUCCUAGCAAUGAACGCCGUUACCUACCUUAGCAACGAGCCUCAGCCCUACACCUCAGUCAACAUCACGACGAACCAGGCAGCCCCUUCUCAGGUGAUGGCUAUUCGCCAGGAGAACGCCAGUCAGAACAGUGUAAUUCUGCUGUGGCAUGAACCCGACCAACCAAAUGGAGUCAUCCUGGAGUAUGACAUCAAAUACUAUGAGAAGGAUAAUGAGCUGCAGAGCUACUCUACUCUGAAGGCCAAGGGCACCAGUGCCCGUGUGUCAGGUCUGAAGCCUGGCACCAGGUACAUCUUCCAGGUGCGGGCCAGAACCUCAGCAGGCUGUGGGCGAUUCAGCCAGAAUGUCGAGAUCCAGACUGGAAAAGCAGUCCCACUGCGCUACAGUUCCAUGACCAUCAUCUGGAUCUGUUUGGCUCUGGUGUCCAGUCUCGUCACCUUCCUGGCCGUGGUCAUCUGCAGGAAACGGCAAGGGAGCCCUCUCUCACCACACCUCCCGUUACUACACUGUGGCUACAGCAAGGCCUUCCAGGACUCUGACGAGGAGAAGAUGCAUUACCAAAAUGGCCACGUGUCAUUUCCUGAUGCCCGCUUCUACAUUGAUCCACACACAUAUGAGGACCCCUGCCAGGCUGUCCAUGAGUUUGCCCGUGAAAUUGAAGCUUCCAGGAUCAAAAUAGAGAAAAUCAUUGGCUCAGGGGAGUUUGGAGAGGUGUGCUAUGGGCGCAUGCGUCUCCCAGGGAAGAGGGACAUCCCUGUGGCGCUGAAGACACUCAAGGCAGGAUACAGCGACAAGCAGCGACGAGACUUCCUGGCUGAGGCUUCAAUCAUGGCCCAGUUUGACCACCCCAACGUCAUCCGUCUAGAGGGCGUGGUCACACGCAGUAAACCAGUUAUGAUCAUCACUGAGUACAUGGAGAAUGGAUCACUGGAUUCUUUCCUGAGGAGGCACGAUGGUCAGUUCACCAUCAUCCAGUUGGUGGGCGUGCUGCGUGGCAUUGCAGCUGGCAUGACCUACCUGGCAGACCUGGGCUACAUCCACAGGGACCUGGCUGCACGCAACAUCCUGGUCAACAGCAACCUGGUGUGUAAGGUGUCGGACUUCGGCCUGUCCCGAGUCCUGGAGGACGACCCUGACGCCGCCUACACCACCAGCGGUGGUAAAAUCCCAAUUCGCUGGACGGCACCAGAGGCUAUUGCCUACAGGAAGUUCUCGUCGUCGAGUGACGUGUGGAGCUAUGGGGUGGUGAUGUGGGAGGUGAUGUCCUACGGGGAGCGCCCAUACUGGAACCUCACCAACAGAGACGUGAUCAAGUCGGUGGAGGAGGGCUACAGGUUGCCUGCUCCUAUGGGUUGUCCCGCUGCCCUCCACACGCUCAUGCUGGACUGCUGGCAGAAGGACCGUAACGAGAGACCAAGGUUCUGCCAGAUCGUCACAGUUCUGGACAAACUGAUCCGGAACCCAGAAACACUCAAGUCAAUGGGUCCUCUGUGCAGGUUAAACAGUCCUCCUCUGAUGGAAAGAGCAAUCCCAGACCUCAGUAGCUGUAACUCUGUAGAUGACUGGCUGGACACCAUCAAGAUGGGACGCUACAAGGACCACUUUGCUGCUGGGGGCUACUACACACUGGGGCACGUGAUAAGCAUGAACCAAGGGGACAUCCACAGACUGGGAGUGACUCUGAUGGGUCAUCAGAAGAAGAUCAUGACCAGUGUGCAGCUCAUGAGGGUGCAGGUUCUGCACAGGAGCGUGCCCUCAGUGCACGUAUAACAGCUCCAGCCGUCCAGCAGGGCACCACGUUCCCAUCCAACCCCGGGCAUCUGACGCCGAGUGGAACUUCAAGGGGAUAAAUCUAUGACUAUUAGAGAACCAUAGGAGAUGUGUUGGGAUCACAACGGAACUGUUUUUUUUACAGAGUUCCAGAAUCGAGAGGGUGAAUGUGAAGGGUUUCACGUACAGUGCAACAACAUAGUCAAGUCACUGGGACAAUUCAAGCUAUUAUUUUUUGUUUCUAACAUAUUUUAUAAGUCAUGUCUUAUUUGUAAAUGAAUGGACUGCCUUAAUCACAAUGAUUUUGACAUUGUUAUAUACAAAGACAGAUUUUACGUCAUUUUAGAUGACUUUAUAAGAGGUUUAUGAUGAUGGUGAGCUAAGAAUAGAUUGGUGGGAAUUGGGAGUUUGUUCCACAUGGUGCGUCCAUUCUCCAGGAGGUCAGAGGUAGUCGGCCCCUACCUAGACCGACAAUGACCUUGGUCCACACGAGAGACUCUGGACCUAUGCUGAGGAAACUUCAACAGACUACCACAAUCGAGCAGCCUGUUUUACCAGGGCUACAACAACCACUACAACAACAAGACAUGUACUCGCACAUGCAUCCUUUCUACAUGACCUAGGGAGAGAUUCUGAGAAGUCUCUUCCACAUUAAAGCUGCGUAGCGCACAACUUUGAAAGGAUGUAUGAUGUUUCACUUUGUUUUUACAGUCUGCUAUUUUGCUAGUACUUUCUUAGCUACAGUAUCACAAGGUCUGAAUGUAAUUACAGAAAUACUAUGGAACUUUACAUUAACAGUGUAACAAAUUAUAUGAUGUAAGAUACUGAUUGCAAAGUACUUAAUUAUUCAUUUAGAAGCGCUAUCAGGACAAUAGAGAAAAGUUAAGCUACAGAGACUGUAAAAUAAAAUGUUAUAUGAUGUGAUUUGUCACUGUUUUGCCUCUGUGGUUAUGAGAGGGGACAGCUUGUGAGUGAAAUGUUUUUUUCUUCUAAAUUUGCCAGAAAACAACACAAUCCAACCGUCCUUGUCCCCCUGUGCAAUUGAGAGAACAUGUAUUUCCUUGUGCACUCUGUAGGCUGUUUUCUAUAGAUGGUAGAUGUUUCUAUUUCUUUGAGAAUACCCCUCAUGCUAUUCCUUCAGUAUAAGUUAUGUUCUUGAUUGCAAACUUUCACUACUGUUUUACAUUUUCUUUUCUUUGGAGGCUUUUGAAAACACUGGACUUGAAUAUAAAAUAUUCUACAGUAUAUAUUUCGUCAGAUGAGUUCAUCAUAGGAAUACUUACCAAGAGUCACAGGAAGACAAGUCAAAAAGGAGAUUUGAUCAGCUCUGCUUGAAACAUUUUGGAUUUGUUUACAGUUCCAAAAGACUCUCGCUUUGACUGAAACCGAGGGAUCAUCCAAGCUGUUCAUGUGAAAUCAUAAAUGUGCAAACUGUCCAUGAAAACACAAUAAAGGAAUGUCUGUCUGUGUGUGACUGAAACAGCAAUAUCUCUGUAGUGUUCAGUGCAGCCAUAACUGG